AGGGUUGCACAAGAGCCCGAGUGGGUGGAUGAGUCAUAGCCCAGGGGAAGGCGGAAAAAAGGCGGGGUGGGGAGGGGGUGAGACAGACUCCUCUCAACGGCCCUAGCUUUUCCGAAGGCCUCUGCCCAUUUGACAGAUGGGGACAUUGAGGUCUGGAAAGUGACAGGGCCUUGUCCCAGCCGCACAGUGCAGACGGGAAAGUUGGGGAGCGCCUGGGCAGGCAGGAGGCCGACGGGGCCCCAGCCCCCAUUCCUCCUUCGUGGCGGUGGCCUGGUUUCUCCCAUUACUCACUUCUAGGGCCAAGCUGAGUCUUGGGGACUCCAUGAGGCAAGAAGGGGUUUGUCCUGCAGAGUCACACCCCACCCCGCCAGGGCACGCCCAUGGCCCCAGUGACCCUGGCCCAGUCCCUGGGUCUCGGCCUCUUCCUGCUGACUCAGAACCUCCGAGACCGAGGCCCCCGCCUCACCGAAAGGCAGGAGUGAGGGUCGGGGGGGCCGGGAUCCCAGAGGGGGUGGACGGGCGGGCCCGCUGAAUGUUGGCUCUCAGGUCAGACGCCCCAGGUUUGAACUGGGGUACUGCCGUGGGGCCUGGGGCUGUGGCCCCUCCCUGAACCUUGUCUUCUUGCCUCUUUGAUAGAGACGAUGCUCCCCACGGGUCUGCCAGGGACUUGGGCAUGAAAGCGCACAGUAGGUGGCCUGUGAGGGUCACCGCCGUGGCUCCCAGAGCGGGCAUAAGCAGAAGCCUGUGCUCAGACUCAAUAGGAAACAACUCGUAUCGGCACUUACCGGCACUUACUGUGUGCCCCGUGGACGGCGCUCCUGUGGGCCCUCUGGUGGAGGGGCAGGUGCCAGUCUUCAUCCCACAAGCCCCCGGAGUGGGUUUUGCUGGUGUGACCUGACGUUCUGCGAUCUAAUGCAGAACUAGGCACGGACCGUCCCGGUGCACAGCGGGAAAACCGAGGCUGGGAGCCAGGGCAGGGCACUAAUGUCAAGGGUCUCGAGGCGCCCCCCAUCCUCACAACCGCCCCUCCCCGCCGCACUGCAGGUCUCGGCGCAGAAGAUGGCUGGCGGCGUGGACGGCCCCAUCGGGAUCCCGUUCCCCGACCACAGCAGCGACAUCCUGAGCGGACUCAACGAGCAGCGGACGCAGGGCCUGCUGUGCGACGUGGUGAUCCUCGUGGAGGGCCGCGAGUUCCCCACGCACCGCUCGGUGCUGGCGGCCUGCAGCCAGUACUUCAAGAAGCUGUUCACGUCGGGCGCCGUGGUGGACCAGCAGAACGUGUACGAGAUUGACUUCGUCAGCGCCGAGGCGCUCACGGCCCUCAUGGACUUCGCCUACACAGCCACGCUCACCGUCAGCACGGCCAACGUGGGCGACAUCCUCAGCGCCGCCCGCCUGCUCGAGAUCCCCGCCGUGAGCCACGUCUGCGCCGACCUCCUGGACCGGCAGAUCCUGGCGGCCGACGCGGGCGCCGACGCCGGGCAGCUGGACCUCGUAGAUCAAAUUGAUCAGCGAAAUCUCCUUCGCGCCAAGGAGUACCUCGAGUUCUUCCAGAGCAACCCCAUGAACAGCCUGCCCCCCGCUGCCGCCGCCAACUUCCCAUGGUCCGCCUUCGGUGCAUCUGACGACGACCUGGACGCCACCAAGGAAGCCGUGGCCGCUGCUGUGGCCGCUGUGGCCGCUGGCGACUGCAACGGCCUGGACUUCUACGGGCCGGGCCCCCCGGCUGAGCGGCCCGCAGCCGGGGAUGGGGACGAGGGCGACAGCAACCCGGGCCUGUGGCCGGAGCGAGACGAGGACGCCUCUGCCGGGGGCCUCUUUCCGCCCCCGGUGGCCCCGCCAGCUGCUGCCACGCAGAAUGGCCACUAUGGCCGGGGCGGGGAGGAGGAGGCGGCCUCACUGUCAGAGGCUGCCCCAGAGCCAGGAGACUCCCCGGGCUUCCUGUCGGGCACGGCCGACGGCGAGGACGGGGACGGGACCGACGCAGAUGGGCUGGCGGCCAGCACGCUGCUGCAGCAGAUGAUGUCGUCGGUGGGCCGGGCGGGGGCGGCAGCGGGCGACAGCGACGACGAGUCGCGGGCGGACGACAAGGGCGUCAUGGACUACUACCUGAAGUACUUCAGUGGCGCCCACGACGGCGACGUGUACCCCGCCUGGUCGCAGAAGGUGGAGAAGAAGAUCCGGGCCAAGGCCUUCCAGAAGUGCCCCAUCUGCGAGAAGGUCAUCCAGGGCGCGGGCAAGCUGCCGCGGCACAUCCGGACCCACACCGGCGAGAAGCCCUACGAGUGCAGCAUCUGCAAGGUCCGCUUCACCAGGCAGGACAAGCUCAAGGUGCACAUGAGGAAGCACACAGGUGAGAAGCCGUACCUGUGCCAGCAGUGCGGGGCGGCCUUCGCCCACAACUACGACCUGAAGAACCACAUGCGCGUGCACACCGGCCUGCGGCCCUACCAGUGCGACAGCUGCUGCAAGACCUUCGUGCGCUCCGACCACCUGCACAGACACCUCAAGAAGGACGGCUGCAACGGGGUGCCCUCACGCCGCGGCCGCAAGCCCCGCGUCCGGGGUGGGGGGCUCGGCGGACCCGAC